AAGGCUUUUCAAGAUGGCGGCUCUUCCGCAAAAGAAGUACUACCGCCAAAGAGCGCAUGCCAACCCCAUGGCGGAUCACACACUUGAAUAGUGAGUAGCCUUUGAUUAACAUGAUUUAUAUGCUAGUUUUUGCUAAAACAUUUUCGGUUUAUCUCCGUAAGGAGGUAAAAAACCUGCCAUCAACCACUAAAACAGGGUCAGGAUCCCAUGCCAAGAGUUUGGGGAAUCCCACUGCCCGAGUAAGGUUCAAAUCCCGUACCUCGUCAAAAAAGUUUGAUUUUUCCCGAAUCCUGCAGUAUUCUUCCCGGAUCCCGAGAAUACUCUUCCAGAACCUGCUAAAAGCCAUGAGUGGUGCAUGUAGGGGACAUUCCAUUUUUUAUUCGCACCCCCGCCCCCCGGAAGAUGACCAGAAUCCGAACCCUCCGAUUUAUGUCGACGUUCUAUGAAAAAGGAAAUUCAAAGGGUUCGUUCUCUGUGUGCUCCUUUGAAAAAUUUGUCUGAAGGGUCAAAAUUUUGUGGGCUUUUUGGAAGAAAAAAUCUGAACUCCCCCCCACCCCCUAUUCGAAAACCCCUCAUCCUUAGGGGCCUGUGGAUACAAAAAGGAACGUCCCUAGGCUGAAAUGUUAGAAAAGUAAUGAUGUUUCUGCACAACCCCAUUUUUCUCUUAUUCCUACAUUUUUUACUCAAACUCUAUAAACACUUGCGAGUUAAAUCAGGCUAAUUUUACCCUCUUGUAUGUGUACUAGUUAGAUUAAUCACAUGCUGGAAAUAAUACUGUAAAAUUUGCCGCCAAUGUGGCUGGGUGUCCUUUAUCUAUAGCAUUCCUUUGUGUUAACUUAUAUAUCACAGUGUAGCAUCAUAUUUGACACAUUUAGUCCAGAUUAGAUAAGUUUACUGUUACUGUUCUAAGCAUUAGGAAAAUACCAAGACAAGACAAGACAAGAUGAUUUAUUAAACAAUGCAAUCAGCCUUUAGGUCAGGACACUCAGCUGAAAAAGCCUUGAUCAGACUCACGGAUCAGAUUCUAAAAAACAUGGAUAAUGACGAAUGACAUGCUUGGUGGUUGUCUGGUGAAGGAUGUUGAAGUUUUGAAAUGAUUGUUUGAGGUUGAUUAAAAUUAACAACAUUAUUUCCUCUUUUGCUGUUUCUAGCCCUGUUUCACCAGAUGCCAUGGAUUGGCAUAGUUUGUUUCCCGCUUUCUUUCCUGAGAAGGUUGAAACAGAUGAAAUCACACAUUCAAGGUGCUCAAAAGUAGAGUUUGCAGACAUUGGCUGUGGUUAUGGUGGCUUGCUAGGUGGGACAAUAAAUAAUGCUAAGUGGCAUGUUUUCACUCUCUGUUAGCUGUAUUAGUGCAAUAAAUGAUAACAACAUAAUCCCAAUACUUGCCUACCUGUUGGUUAAUUUGUCUUUUUUGUCCUUUUCUUGUUUUUAGUUGAUCUGUCACCAAUGUUUCCAGAAACUUUGAUGGUUGGAAUGGAAAUAAGACUCAAGGUCUGAAAUGAGAUAAUCUGUUCUCUGAAACAAAGUGCUAGAGUUUGUCAUUAAAUAGUUACUGAAUUAGUCUAGUCGCUCUCCUUCACAGCCCUUAUUUCUUAUCAGAGGUGGCCUCUCCUCUAAGCCUGGUGGUUUCUUGAAGUCUCCUUGCCUAACAACAUGCUGUAUUCUGUAAAAUUCAUUUUAUCAAUCAACGCUAAUAAAUGAUGAUGAUUAUGAAUCCUACUCAUAGAUAUAAUAUUCAAUUACAACAAUAAUAAAAAUUGUCGUAGUGUUCAUCAUCAUCAUCUACUGCUUAUCCUGAUGGACGUCGCGUCUUUGACCGCACAGGGGAAAUGACUUUUGUUUCCGUUGUUAUCAGUCUCAGAUUGUUGGGAUUAGUUGUUUCAGAAAGUAGGGUCCCUAGUCUUUCAAGAUAGCUUGCCCCAACCAGUGUCCAAGGUAGAAGGAUCCUAUGCCUGGUGCCAGUUAUGGGAGCCAACACUAUGGAUUAUGACAUCAGGUGCCUCCUCAACAACAUCCAUCACCCGCUGCCAUGACUUCACGUAACCGUGAUCGGGGGGCUGACUGGGUACUACACCAUGCUCACAGGUGACCCAUAGGCUAGCGGAGGGAAGGAAUUGCCUUACUUCUCCCGUUGGUAGAGGAUACCCCUACCCCACUAACCUAGUUGUAGUGUUAGGUAAAAUAUAAUGUUUCUGCUUUUUCAAGUCUAGGUCAGUGACUAUGUGAGUGACAGAGUGACAGCUUUAAGGAAAGCUCACCCAGGCAAAUAUCAGAACAUUCAUGUUAUCAGAACAAAUGCAAUGAAGUAUCUUCCAAACUACUUUCACAAGGGACAGGUGGGUCACAAAACCUCCAGUUUACACACUUUUUGCUGUAGAGUGAAAGCCUCCAAAAAUCAAGAACAGUUAAUGGCAGUGUUUGUUGGUGAUGAUGAUGAAGAUGAUGGUGAUGAUGAUGAUGACAGAUCAGCAUGAUCACAGUCAAACAGCAUUACAUCAUUGUAUUGUUUAGGCCGAUGAUAAUGGACGUAACAAAAUUACAGGCGAACCUCUCCACAACUGCCAUUUUUUGUGCCUAGUUCAUGCUUACUGUGUACCAUAAUCAUGUUAAGCCAAUCAUAUAUAAUGUAUAGAGAUAAAAUGCACAAAAACUUGAAUUAUGUCUUGAAUCAAAAUGUUAACGUGACAAAACAAGCAAUGUUUGCAACAUUCGCUAUAAGUAUGGUAGACAAUUAAUUUGCUUACUGCAGCUGUAUAAAUGAAGCAAAAUCAAAAUAUGAAUGGAUGAAUUAUGAAUGAAAAACUUUAUUUAAGUGUCUAUGUUUUUAGCUGUAAGCUAAUGGGGGACACAAUGAUUGCUGCGAUUGAUCAUAAACAUGCCAGUUCGUGUCAAUUCUUGACUUUUUCAUCAGUCGCUGAAAAAAACUGGCCGUUUUCAUGAGGUUAUUUUGGCAGUUGGGGACAUGCAUGAAGAGAGGUGGCCAUUCCUUUUCUUGUAAUCUAAUAUGCAACAAUACUUAUUUCAUUUUUGCAGCUUAAAAAGAUGUUUUUCUUGUUUCCUGAUCCACAUUUUAAACAAAAGAAGCACAAGUGGAGAAUAAUCAGGUGAAAAUUCCAUUUAAUCUUUUUUUUUUUUUGUCAUUUCACAUGAGAUUGUCAUUUUCCACAAAAUAAUGUUAGCACUUUAUUAUUUUAUUCUGUUGUAUUCAGGGAAUUGAGCCAAUAAUGAUACUUUCUUUUUAGUCCCACCUUGCUGGCUGAAUACGCAUAUGUUUUGGCAGUUGGGGUAAGUAAAACAGCAGUAAUCUUUUUAUUUAUUAUUUGUUUAUUUAUUUAUUUGAUUUGUUUAAGGUUACAAUAUUUUGAUAGUACUUAAGAAAUAAUUACAAUAUUGAACAGGAGGUCUAAUUCAAGCCUUUCUGAACUUUUUGAAAAUUGUCAAUUUACACCAAUUUCAUUUGAUUACAUAGACAAUUUUGGCUAAGAAAAUAUGGUUUUACAUCAUCAAUACUAUAUAUAGGUGCUUACAUGGAAUAUAUAUCAAUAAAAUAUUGUACAAGUGUGGAAUCACUGUUUCAUUCUACCUCUUUACUCAUAAUAAAUGUUGUCAAUAUAAUGUUCUGUUGCCAUACAAUAAAACCCUGCAACUGAGAACCUGGAUUUUUCCAAGUUUACCUUAACAGGUUCUUAUAUAAAUGAUAGUUAAUUAGCCCAAGUUUAGGCUAUUUAGGUUCUUAUUUUCUGAAGAAAAAAAAUACAAUAUGGCUAAGAGUGCACAUUGCAUUUACAUUGCAGCUGUAGUGGUAUGGCACCUAUCUAUUCAAAGGGGAUUCUCACUUUUUGACUUUUUUUAUUUUCAAAAUCUCACUUGUUUAACUACAAUUGACUCUCCAUAAUGUCAGGGAUUCUCAUAGUAAAAGGCUGAAGUUGAUUGCCAUUUGUUGGUCCUCAGAAUAGACAGAAUGUACUUUAAUUACUCUCUUUUUAUCAUGAUCUUUUUCUAUUAUAUAUAUAUUUUAAUUCUUUUAAAACUGUUGACCACUAUAAAUGCAUUGUAGUUUUAUGACAACCACCAAUGUCAAUUAUGUGUCUGCCUUGUCACUCAUCUAUAAAUCAGGCUUUUCAAUGAGUAAUUAACGAAAUUACUAAAUAGAUACAAACUAGAGUGCAUCUGGUUUUGUAUUCUUCUAUUCAUUGCUUUUUUCUGUAACAUAAUUUUUUUUCUCUUUUAUUGUGGCCGUCUCAACUAACUCAGAAGCUAAUUACCCCUAUAAAGCAUUGUCCUUUUAUAACUGGAAGAUGUUGAAGUUGUAAGUAGUAGUUGUUGUUAUUGACAGUAAAGAACCGUGCCUUGUUGUUUCUGUGUUUUAGGGUCUUGUGUACACAAUAACUGAUGUACCUGACUUGUGUGAUUGGAUGAAAAAGCACUUCACAGAACAUCCAUUAUUUGAAGAAGUCAAAGAAGAUGAGCUGGUAAAAAAUGCCUUUUGUAUCUAGCCUCCCUGGCUAUCUUAACAUCAUUAGAAUUUAUCAUUCACGGCUUUCUCAAAAUUGGGACAGGUGGUUCUAAAAGGGAUGAUGAUAACCCAGGACCAGUGCAAACUUUGAAUUCAAAUCAGAGCUCUUACAUAGAAAUUCACGUAAAAUAUAUUUGCGUUUAAUUUGACAUGUCGAUAUUCUAAAAAUGACAAGUUGAGAUUGACUGGGAAAAUGCCUUUGAUGAAAAGAAGGGAAAGGGGAUUAACAUUAAACCCCGGCUAAGCAAUAAUUGGCCUAUGAACAACUCCUCAUCACUAGAGAUGUUUUGCACGAUAGAGACUCUCCCGCGACAUAUCUUUAGUGGCAAUAGUUGUUUGUCAGCCAAUUAGUGCAUAUGGUCAUUUUAAAGCGUCCAAACAUCAAAUUGGUCCCUGGAGUCUUAAAGCAAUUUUCCCUUUGCCUCCGACUUGCUAAAUAAUGUGACUGCUUGUUUGAUGAUGGCACAAGACUAAAGAACUUCCUAAUUAUAUGCAGUCUGUCUCUUGAAUGACCGAACAUCCAAAAGUAGGCGGUCUUUUAAGGCAAGUGAUUUCUUCCCAAGAACAUCUUGAUAUGAGGGUCCCUAACUCAUCCACUGGUCUCCUUCUUGUCUCUCUCUCUCUCUGUCUGAAACAUUAAUAAUAAGCGAGUGGGAGAAGCAAGUGGGGGAGGGAGAGGCAUGCGUAGUAGUCAGAGAUGGACCCACAUUUGAGUUUACAUUUAAGUAGAUCAUAGCAGUAGUGUUGAGUUCUAUCAAUAAGCAGUGACAGCCAGCAGAAAGUGUCCACUGCUUUGCCUAGUUUGCUACUAUUUAUUGAAGAAUAUUGAGAAAGAUUUAUGCCAACCCUGUUGAUACAAUUGGUUACCCCACUCAAACCAGCUGCCUACUUCAAAUUUCAUUAAAACCCAGAGAGUCUUUAUUGAUUCAAUUGCACUUUUUUCUUUAAGGCACAGGAUCCAGUGGUAGAAAAAUUGUACGAGAGCACUGAGGAGGGACAAAAGGUAACAAGGAACAGUGGAGUCAAACUUGUGGCUGUGUUUCGGCGUAUCCAGGAUUCGUAUGGUCAGUAAAGUGGAUCGGUUUGUCCGAUCGGUUUUAAACUGGCUCCUGGUAAGACAGUAUCCUGGACAGAGAAGACUCUUUAGGAAGCUUUGCUUUCAAAAGUGCCAUCUUAAAUGUAAGCCAUUGCCAAAGGGAGCUAGGAAAAGGCAAGUCCACACAGAAGAAGAGCCACUCAGCCUUGGACAGAACGGGAUAUAUUCAAUCAUAGCCCUCGGUAUUUUGCCUAUUGUUGGCAACAAAUCCGCAUGACAGGGAUAAAAAUAAUUUUUCCGGUUUAGUUAUCAUAAAAAGGGGAGAGAAGGGUAAAAUCUUUUUCAUAAUGACUGUUCAACAAGGCCGGGUCCAAUAAGAAAUGGAAGCGGAAGACAACCCUGUCAAGCCAAUACAGCAGUUUAUUAAAGAGUCGGGCUUCUUGAUCUCUGCUCAGUUAAGGCCUCUUUUUGCACUUUCUUGAGGCUCCCUCUUUUUUAAAUUUAAAUUUUAUUUUUGAAUUACAAUCUCUACUGUGGGCGAGACAAAUUUUUGCCUGUUUUUCACUGUGUUUUUUGGAGACUAAAUACUUGUCGACGGAUUCGCUUUUCUCCUGUGAAAGUUAAAGCUCAAAUUUUAAGAAACGACCAAACCCUGAG